CUCACAUCCGGUGUGCAGUUACAGUUAUAACUGGGAGGUUAAAUGUCGAACAAGGGAAAGGAUGGCGGAGUUUGAUAAAGAUACCAAGAGAGAUUUUGACUUGGAAGUGGUUUAUCAAAAUUUUAAAGAAAGCUUUAUGGAGAAUCGAGAUGUGAAUCUGAAAAGUUACCUGGAUGCUUAUUCAGAGCUGGCUAGGUUUUUCAGACUUUGUGGAACUCUAUUCUUUUUCGUGGCUAAGGAUUUGGAGGGUAAAAUAAGUAACAUUAACAAUCUUAUUCAGAAGCAUGGCAGCCCAUACAGUACAGUAAGCGCCAUGGUGCUUCACGAGGUAAAUAAGGCUCAGAAGCCCGGAAUAACAGCGCUGCUGCGCCUCCACAGAGCACUGGAGCUUAUUCUUGAAUUUAUGGACAGACUUUCAAAAAGUUCCGACGGAGAUAAAACAUCGGAUAUAGCAGCAGAUGUAUACAGUCAUACAAUGGCAAAACAUGACACGUGGUUCGUGCAGAAAUUAGCGGGUAUUGCUAUGUACACACUUCCCUCGCGGAAGACUUUGUUGGAGACAAUGUGUAAACAGGAUUACGAGCAUUCUUUAAUGUUAGUGCAACAGAUAGUAUCCGCAGGUAAACUGGUAUAUGACGCAAUAGACGCAGAAUAUACUAAUAAUGGAUUACAUUGAUAAACUUUAUUACGUCAUCAAAUUCUGUUAGAGCAAAGAUUUCACAUUUACACAGAAAUGGAAGGGAAGGAUCUAAAAAAGUAAUCUUAAAACUACACAUUUACACAGAAAUGGAAGGGAAGGAUCUAAAAAAAAUAAUCUUAAGACUACAAGAUCAUUUAAAUCGACAGACUUUUUUUGCAGGCAAUCUUAUGUGACAUGGAACCAAAUUUGUUGAUCUAUUGACCAUAAUUAGCGCUGCUAAAUGGUAUGCGCCUUAUAAACAAAAAUGCAAACAAAUCUUACUACAAACUUAUAAUCAACUAUCAAGCAUUUUCAUGACAAGACAGUUUCUGUUUUUCAGAAUCUUGCGAAGAAAAUGAGACGUCUAUAAGAAAGUCAGUGAAGUCUUUUGUAAACUUA